GGAGGUGGGGCGGGUUUAGUGAGGAAGGAGGCGGCUAGGCCGGAGACAUGUGGGCAGGGCGGGGUCUACGUGCCGGAUUCUGAAGGAAGCAGCCGUUCUCCUUCACCUGGCCGGCCGAGGGGCUAAGGUGGGGCGCCGGGCGCCGGGCGGAUGGAGAAAGGCCGGCGGCUCCCGGCGCAGGCCCUGCUUCUUCCCGCGGCCGCUUCCCGGCUGCUGAAGUCCUAAGCGCCUUUGUUCUGCCCGCCGGUCCUCGCGCCCUCGCGCGCGACCCCCUACCCCCCCACCUCCGGCUCGCGGCUCCUCGCGCCCAUGCGGCUUCAGGAGCCGGGGCCGGGUCCCGGGCGCGCGCGCGGCGGGGGCACUGCUCGGCCUUGAGGUCAGGGGCGCGGCGAGGGGCAUGCCAUGGGGAACUGCUGCUGGACCCAGUGCUUCGGGCUUCUCCGCAAGGAAGCGGGACGGCUCCAGCGGGGAGGCGGCGGCGGAGGGUCAAAGUAUUUUAGGACGUGCCCAACAGGCGAGCAUUUCACUAUAGAGUUUGAAAAUCUAGUAGAAAGUGAUGAAGGGGAAAGCCCAGGAAGUAGUCAUAGGCCCCUUACUGAGGAAGAAAUAGCUGACCUAAGAGAGAGGCAUUAUGAUUCUAUUGCUGAAAAACAAAAAACAUUUGAUAUUAAAAUUCAAAGAGAGUUAGCCUUACAAGAAGAGAAGUUAAGACUAGAAGAAGAAGCUUUAUACGCUGCACAGCGUGAAGCAGCCAGGGCAGCAAAGCAGCGAAAGUUCUUGGAGCAAGAAAGGCAAAGGAUUAUGCAACGAUCUCAUCAUUCCAACCCUGGAGAAUAUCAAAGUUCAGGGACCGAAGAAGACUUUGAAUCCUAUUUGAGAAAUAUAAAGUCACAAUAUGAAGUUUUUCGAAGUAGUAGGCUUUCAUCAGAGGCCACAGUUUUGACACCAAACACGGAAAGUAGUUGUGACUUAAUGACCAAAACCAAAUCAACGAGUGGAAAUGAUGACAGUACAUCCCUUGAUCUUGAAUGGGAAGAUGAAGAAGGAAUGAAUAGAAUGGUCCCAUUGAGAGAACGUUCCAAAACUGAAGAGGAUAUUCUACGAGCUGCAUUAAAAUAUAGCGGCAAGAAGACUGGAAGUAAUCCUACCUCAGCUUCUGAUGAUUCGAAUGGGCUGGAGUGGGAGAAUGAUUUUGUUAGUGCCGAAAUGGAUAACAAUGGCAAUUCAGAAUAUUCUGGAUUUGUGAAUCCUGUUUUAGAACUGUCUGCCUCUGACUUUAAAAAAUCUGAAGCAGAUCAGCAAGACAGAUAGGGCAAAAUCAUCUGGCCUUUUUAUCAGUCGUGACCAAAUGUUGAAAAUCAAAUAGAAUGUAUAAAUGUUUGUUCUGAGCCUUUUUGUAAGGAAGAAAGAAAUUAUGUGAUUAAUGUUCAAUAGCAAGGAAUAAGAAUGAUGAGAUCUCUCUAAAUUCAGUUUAAGUGCAAUUUCAUCAUGAUUCUAUCAUGCUUCCAAAUAUGUUGUAAAGAAGAUUCUUGUUCAAGUACCAUUUGGACUGGAUGGCCUCUGAGGUCCCUUCCAACUCUUCGAUUAUAUGAUUACUAAAAACGAUCUGCUCUAAUUUAUGUAUUCCAGUUUAGUAUCUGUAGAUUUGUUUCUUUUUAAAUAACUUGCAUUUUCAUUUUCUUUGCAUGGACCUAAUAUUGUUUUUAAAAAUAUUUACUUAUUUCAAUAUCUGAAUAUAAAAAUAAUAAAGCAUUUUAUUUGGUUUUCUCAGCAGCUAUAAAGGGAAGUAAUUAGCAGCUUCAGAUAAUGCACUAUUUCCUGGAAGUUUUUUAAGCUUUCUAUUUUUAUAACUUACUUGAAUUUAAUCAUUCUGUGCUAGCACAAUUAGAGUUCAGUAACCCUAACAGAGCACUAAUAUUCAUUUCUAUCAAAUUGAUAUGAUAGCAUGUUCAUGUUAUUAUCACUAAGCAGGAUUGUUAUGAGGCCUGAAAGAGGUGGUUACUCUCAGAAUUGGAGGUUUUAAAAUUGAUAAUGAUCAGAGAGUAGGGAAUGUUUCCUUUAGAUUGUCUUUUCAAUUUCUAGGUAAAGUUACUUUUUUAAGUCUACGUUGGAUGAAUUUGGAAUAGUAUUAAAAUAAAAAACUUUUGCACAAAUAACUAAAUUCUCUGCUGAAUGAAUAAUGUGGGAAUUCCUAAAAAGAAAGAAUGUAUUUUCAAGAAUUUUAUCUUGUAUGAAAUGACUGAUCUUAUUUAAUUUUCCUUUUCCUUGUUUUAUGUAUGAUAAUGGAAGGUGCUCUGAGAGGUGAAGCUAGGUGAGUUGUGAAUUAUAACUGCUGCUAGGAUUCUACAGGGUGUCCCAAAUGUCUUAGUGCAGUUUUAAUAGCUUUAAAACAAUAUCAAGAUUUUUGGGACACCCUGCAUAUCAGCCUUUCUUUUCCCUACUUCGUUAAAUAUGAACUAAAGGUGAAGGGAGCAAAAUGCCCCCAAAUUGGGCUGCACUUCUUCGUUUUGCUAGGGAAUCUAGUAUAAUUUCAGUAGCUAAAUUGUUGUCUUUUUUCCUUAAAACUAUGGUAAUGUACUUCCUUAACACCAUAGGAAGAUUAAGAUGCAAAUAGUGAUGUAAGUUCUUGCUGUAUUUUAAAAAAUCAUAUGGCCAUUCAAAUAUUUUAACUUGUAUGAUAAACAAGGGUAUCUGUAAAUUCAUCUCCUUUUUUAACUUGCAAAAGUAAGACACUGACUGAAUAUGUAAAUAUAUUUCAUUAAAGAUGUAAGUAUUAUAAGUUUUACCAUAAUUUAAGUUUGUAGCUAUGUCACUUAAAAAUAUUUUAAAUGUAAUCUACAUUCAUACUGCUUGUAAUAUGCUUUUUAAAGUUUAUAUACAUCAGAUGUAUAUUUUUGUUUUGGCAUAAGCUACUGUCUAAUUUUUCUUGGCAUUUUGUCCAUAUAAUAGAUUUUUUGAAGGAAUGGAAUCAGCUUCUCAAAAGUUGUGAAUAAAUACAUUUUUACAUUUAAAAAUAAUAAAUUCAUCUUGCUUGU